GAAAAUUAUCCUAAGUGACGUAAUGAUGGGGGAGUGUGCAAGGAUUGGUGUGAUGUGGGGUUAUGUAGCUGUUUAGGAAGAUUAUUUCAUCAUUGUAGAACACUGUACCACUGCAGCUUCGUUUGAUGUGAAGUAUAUAUUGAUCUAGUUUGUUCUGCUGUGUACCUUUGUUCUCUUUAUUUGCAAUAGGAUAAUAACUUCAGGCCUAGAUGCUUGACCCGACCCAAUUUUUGCAGGCUCACAGUGAGAGCAAUUCGCCGCUGAAGAUCAUCCAGUACCCGAACGUAUAGUGGUGCUUGAGGUUGUGGUUUCUUUGGAUUUUUGGGGGGAUUGUCUGUCUAAUGAGUCGUAAGGAUGUCUGGAAAACACUACAAGGGACCAGAGGUCAGCUGCUGCAUCAAAUACUUCAUAUUUGGGUUCAAUAUAAUUUUUUGGUUUCUAGGAGUGGCAUUCCUUGGAAUUGGGUUAUGGGCAUGGAGUGAAAAAGGUGUACUUUCAAACAUCUCUUCAAUCACAGACCUGGGAGGCUUUGAUCCUGUAUGGUUGUUUCUGGUGGUAGGCGGAGUAAUGUUUAUUCUGGGUUUUGCUGGAUGCAUUGGAGCUCUUCGAGAAAACACGUUCCUUCUCAAAUUUUUUUCUGUAUUUUUAGGAAUCGUCUUCUUUCUGGAGCUCACUGCAGGUGUGCUUGCAUUUGUCUUCAAAGACUGGAUUAAAGAUCAGUUGAACUUCUUCAUUAACAACAACAUCAGAGCAUAUAGAGAUGACAUUGAUCUGCAAAACCUUAUUGACUUCACACAGGAAUAUUGGGAAUGCUGUGGAGCUUUUGGAGCAGAAGACUGGAAUCUUAACGUCUACUUCAAUUGUACAGAUGCUAAUCCAAGUCGAGAACGUUGCGGAGUGCCAUUCUCUUGCUGCACUAAAGACCCAGCUGAAGAUGUUAUCAAUACUCAAUGUGGUUAUGACGUAAGGAUAAAGCCGGAAGUGGAACAGCAAAAUUACAUCUAUACUAAAGGCUGUGUACCACGGUUUGAGAAAUGGCUGCAGGACAACUUGACUGUAGUAGCUGGAAUCUUUAUUGGAAUUGCAUUAUUACAGAUUUUUGGCAUUUGUUUGGCGCAGAACUUGGUUAGUGAUAUCGAAGCUGUCCGAGCCAGCUGGUAAAAGUGCAGCUUUACUAAAGUCUGUGCAAAACACUGGACUGAAAAAUCCCUGUGUUAACUGCGGGGGCUGAAAUGUACACUGAAUUAAGGAGAUCUCUCAAAUGGCACUGGGCAGUGCCUGGACUUGUGAUGCAGUAAAUGAAGCAGUUUGUGGACUAAUUCUCUGAAGAGUCCUUGUGCUCCGGGGUAGCUACAGAAAAAGUAGCUACAUUGCUUAUAGUCAGAUGUGUGGACAGAAUAUUAUUUACAGAGAUGAACAGUCUUCAGCAUUGCUCACAUGACUGGCUUGCAUGCUGGUAUUCAUUCAAACACUGUUGUACAGUUCAUGAAAUGGGACAUUUCCAGUAGUGCAGAAAACAUUUAGCUGUCAGAAAUUUUGGAUCAGCAUUACAAACUGCACUAUAACAAAGUUGCACAUUUGGUGCCAUGAUUUAAAAUAUAAGGUGUUUUUGUAUUUUUUCUUGUAAAAUUGCACACUCAUGCUGAUAAUGACAUUUCUUUUUUGUCAAGAGAAGAGAGGAAAUGAAUUGGCUUACUAUCCCCUUAUCAGCAUUUUGAAUAGACUGUGCAAGAAAGUGACCAAGAAUGGCAGAGUUGCUGAUUCUGUCCUGUCUGUUAUCAUUCCCCAGAAGUUGGUUUUAGUUUCCCUUGGGUCAGUACCGCCUCUUCACUUCAUCUCAGAAUAGCUGCUAGCUGAGCUAGCAGUGGAGUGUAUCAGGUUCCUGCAGGUCAGAAUAUUUUUUUGGGGGGAGGGGGGGUGAAGGAGCAUUCAUUGUUGUGUCUCUUGUACUGGGUGCUGUAUAUGAAUUUAAUUCAUAGUUAUGCUGCUUGUUUCUGUUAGGGAAUGCCUGGUUUAAAAGACUAGAAAAAAAUAUGCUACACAUCGUUUUCUAAAACAGAAUCUGUAAAAAUAUUUGAAAUAAAGAUUAGAACAAGAUGUUAAAUAAGAUAA